AGUCCGGGCGGGCGGAGCCAACCUAAUGGACUCUAAAAGGGUGCGUGCUCGGCACCGCCUCUAGGGUAUACCCUCGAGAUUGGAAAAAAGUUCCUUUUGGGGGGUAACGCGAAGAGACCCGACCCGGACGAAAGGCCUGAAAGAGAUGACGCUGCCAAACCCGGGCUUGUUGUGGCUGAGGCUCGCGGUUUCGUUUGCCUUCGCGCCUCCGCUGCUGAGCGCUCCUUCUGCUGAAGGCCCAGGGUACGCGGCACCCGAGGAUCCGCUGGAUUCGGUCGGGGUCGGUUCACUGAAAGGUGGCCUGAAUGUUCUCUUGAUCAUCGUGGAUGACCUUAGGCCUGCCCUGGGCUGCUAUGGAGAGGCUCUCGUGAAAUCUCCAAACAUUGAUCAGCUCGCCUCUCGUAGUGUGGUGUUCCAAAACGCCUUUGCCCAACAAGCUGUGUGUGCCCCAAGUAGGGUGUCUUUCUUAACUGGUCGGAGACCUGACACUACCAGAGUGUAUGACUUCAAUUCCUACUGGAGAGUACAUUCAGGAAACUAUUCUACAAUCCCUCAGUAUUUCAAAGAGAAUGGCUACGUGACUUUGUCAGUUGGAAAAGUGUUUCACCCUGGGAUUUCUUCAAAUUACAGUGAUGAUUUUCCAUACAGCUGGUCAAUUCCACCUUUUCAUCCCUCCUCUGAACAGUAUGAAAAUAGCAAGACAUGUAAAGGUCAGGAUGAAGAACUUCAUGCCAACUUGAUUUGCCCUGUGGAUCUUGAUGAUGUACCUGAAGGAACCUUGCCUGAUAAACAGAGCACUGAAGAAGCCAUACGAUUGCUAGAAAAGAUGAAAAAAAUGAAUGGUCUUUUCUUUCUGGCUGUUGGCUAUCAUAAACCUCACAUCCCAUUCAGAUACCCCAAGGAAUUUCAGAAACUGUAUCCCUUGGAAAAUAUUACUCUGGCUCCUGAUCCUCAGAUCCCUGCUGGACUACCUCCUGUGGCAUAUAACCCCUGGAUGGAUAUCAGAGAGAGGGAAGAUGUUCAGGCCUUAAACAUCAGUGUUCCCUAUGGCCCAAUUCCUACAGAGUUUCAGCGGAAAAUCCGUCAGAGUUAUUUUGCAUCUGUUUCUUACUUGGAUUCACAAGUUGGUCACCUGUUAAAUGCUUUGGAUGAACUUCAGCUCUCUAACAACACAAUUGUUGCCUUUGUAUCUGAUCAUGGAUGGGCUCUGGGUGAACACGGAGAAUGGGCCAAGUACAGCAAUUUUGAUGUAGCCACUCAAGUGCCCCUGAUGUUUUAUGUCCCUGGAAAGACUGCUCCAUUUCCUUCUCCUGGAGAGAAGCUUUUUCCUUACAUUGAUCCUUUUGACUCAACAUCAGACGUGGUGGUUCCAGGAGGGCGAGCCGUGGAGCUUGUUGAACUUGUGUCCCUUUUUCCGACUCUCUCAGAACUUGCUGGACUGAAUGUACCCCGACGCUGUCCAUUUGAUUCAUUUAACAUUGAGCUGUGCAGAGAAGGACCAAGCCUUGUUAGGUAUUUAAACUUCACCAAAUGGGAAACAGACCCUUAUGACAGCACCAGGAAACCCAUUGACCUCGUGGCAUACAGCCAGUAUCCACGGCCUUCAGAUACCCCUCAGUGGAAUUCUGAUAAGCCACAUUUAGAAGAUAUAAAAAUUAUGGGCUAUUCCAUCCGUACAGUAGACUACAGGUUUACUGUAUGGGUCAGCUUUAACCCUGAGAAUUUCAGUGCUGAUUUUACUGACAUCCAUGCAGGUGAACUGUAUUUUGUAGACAGUGACCCCCUGCAGGAUCAUAAUGUUUAUAACCAGACCAUGGGCGUAUAUUAAAACUCACCAGGUCAUUGGGCCAUAAGUUUUAUAUAAUUAAAUGGCUUUUUGUUUACA